AUGUUGUUAUUACCCUCUUUUCUUCUUCUUCUUUUUCUUCUUCUUCUUCUUCUUCUUUUUCUUCUUCUUCUUCUUCUUCUUUGCUUAGUCUUCCUGCUCCUACUCCGUCGUCCUCUCUUCUUACUCCUACUCCCACGCCUCAUUCUAGUCCUGUCCCUCCUCCCACUAAUCCUCUUCCGUUUUCUUUUUGCGUUACUCUUAAUCCUUCUCCUAAUUCUUCUUCUUCCGCAUUCUUUUUCUUCUCCUUUUCCUCGCAGUCCCCCUCCUUGUUCUUCUAUCCCUCCUUUUUCUUUUCCUAAACUUAUUCCUCCUCCUCCUUCUUCUAGUCCUCCUCCGUCGUCGUUUUCUCUUCUUCCUAGUCCUCCUCCUCCUCCCCAUUCUUCUUCUGGUCCUCGUCAUCGAUAUUUUCUCUCUUUUUCUUCUCUUCUUCCUAUUAAUUUUCCUGCCUUUCUUUCUUUCUCUCUUUCUUUCUUUCUUUCUUUCUUUCUUUCUUUCUUUCUUUCUUUCUUUCUUUGUAUCGUCGUCCUCCGUUCUGUUAACUUUUCUUUCUUUCUUUCUUUCUUUCUUUCUUUCUUUCUUUCUUUCUUUCUUUCUUUCUUUCUUUCUUCCUUUCUUUCUUUCUUUCUUUCUUUACUUAUUUAUAUAGUCGUCCUUCGUUCCAUUAAUUUUUCUCUUUCUUUCUUUUCUUUCUUUCUUUCUUUCUUUCUUUAUUUGUAUCGUCGUCCUCCGUUCUUUAAUUUUCCUGCCUUUCUUUCUCUCUUUCUUUCUUUCUUUCUUUCUUUCUUUAUUUGUAUCGUCGUCCUCCGUUCUGUUAACUUUUCUUUCUUUCUUUCUUUCUUUCUUUCUUUCUUUCUUUCUUUCUUUCUUUCGUUCUUUCUUUCUUUCUUUCUUUAUUUAUUUAUUUAUUUAUAUAGCCGUCCUUGUUCAUUCAGUUACAUCCUUCCUUUCUUUCUUUUUUCUUCCUGUCCCCCUCCCACACACACCUCCACGUUGUUUCAUAUUAUCUCUUCUUCUCUUUCUCUUAUUUUGCGUUUCAUUUUUUUCUCUCGAUUAAUCUGA